GAGUUUCCACAAGGCUCCAGUCCUCCACCCCUUGCCCUGCAGCCGAAACCCCCAGAAGCAUCAUGACCUGCGGAUCAGGAUUCACAGGCCGCACUUUCAGCUGCGUCUCCGCCUGCGGGCCCCGGCCCGGCCGCUGCUGCAUCACGGCCGCCCCCUACCGCGGCAUCUCCUGCUACCGCGGCCUCACCGGGGGCUUCGGCAGCCGCAGUAUCUGCGGAGGCUUCCGCGCCGGCUCCUGCAGCCGCAGCUUCGGAUACCGCUCUGGCGGCGUAUGUGGACCCAGCCCGCCCUGCAUCACCACCGUGUCGGUCAACGAGAGCCUCCUGGCGCCCCUCAACCUGGAGAUCGACCCCAAUGCUCAGUGUGUGAAGCAGGAGGAGAAGGAGCAGAUCAAGAGCCUCAACAGCAAGUUUGCUGCCUUCAUUGACAAGGUGCGCUUCCUGGAGCAGCAGAACAAGCUGCUGGAGACCAAGCUGCAGUUCUACCAGAACCGCGAGUGCUGCCAGAGCAACCUGGAGCCGCUGUUCGACGGCUACAUCCAGACGCUGCGGCGGGAGGCCGAGUGCGUGGAGGCCGACAGCGGGAGGCUGGCCUCGGAGCUCAACCACGUGCAGGAGGUGCUGGAGGGCUACAGGAAGAAGUACGAGGAGGAAGUUUCUCUGAGAGCAACAGCCGAGAAUGAGUUUGUGGCUCUGAAGAAGGAUGUGGACUGCGCCUACCUCCGCAAGUCAGACCUGGAGGCCAACUCAGAGGCCCUGAUCCAGGAGAUUGACUUCCUGCGGCGACUCUAUGAGGAGGAGAUCCGCGUUCUCCAAGCCAACAUCUCAGACACCUCGGUCAUCGUCAAGAUGGACAACAGCCGGGACCUGAACUUGGACUGCAUCGUCGCUGAGAUCAAGGAGCAGUACGAUGACAUCGUCAGACGCAGCCGGGCUGAGGCUGAGUCCUGGUACCGCAGCAAAUGUGAGGAGAUCAAGGCCACGGUGAUCCGGCAAGGGGAGACCCUGCGCCGCACCAAGGAGGAGAUCAACGAGCUGAACCGCAUGAUCCAGAGGCUGACGGCCGAGGUGGAGAACGCCAAGUGCCAGAUCUCCAAGCUGGAGGCAGCAGUGACCCAGUCUGAGCAGCAGGGCGAGGCUGCCAUUAAUGAUGCCCGCUGCAAGCUGGCUGAGCUGGAAGGCGCCCUGCAGAAGGCCAAGCAGGACAUGGCCUGCCUGGUCAGGGAGUACCAGGAGGUGAUGAACUCCAAGCUGGGCCUGGACAUCGAGAUCGCCACCUACAGGCGCCUGCUGGAGGGCGAGGAGCAGAGACUAUGUGAAGGUGUUGGGGCCGUGAAUGUCUGUGUCAGCAGCUCCCGGGGCGGAAUUGUCUGCGGGGACCUGGGCGUGUCUGGCUCCAGGCCCGUGACGGGCAGCGUCUGCAGCGCCCCCUGCACCGGGAACGUGGCGGUGAGCACCGGCCUGUGCGCGCCCUGCGGCCCCUGCAAUUCCAUCACUUCUUGUGGCCUGGGCACCGGCGGCGUGGGCUCCUGCGGCAUCAGCUCCUGUGGCGUGGGGUCCUGCGCCAGUAGCUGCCGCAAAUGUUAGGUGCCCCAACUCAGGCCUGCCCUGGCAUCUCUCCCUCCCAGCCUGGCAGGGCCUGCCCUGCGUGGCCCAGCCCCGCCCAGCCCUGGGCAGAGCAAAUCCUAGGCUACUUUUCUGGCACUUUGAAAGAUGCUUUUUUCACCCCUGGCCUAGUGUCUAUUUGUGAUCCCUUGUUCUGAGCUCUGCUGCCAGCGCUGGGAAAGGCUACCCUAGUCCCUGUAGUGCCCACAAGAAGGGCGCCUCUGGGGCAAGGGGUUUCAGGACCAGGACCCUACCCUGGACUGCCAUGGGGUCAAUGACCAGAGCUCCCACUCUACCCCAGCUUCUCCUCUUCCUCCUAUGCGGUGUUCAUCUCUUUCUUGAUCUGUGCUUCCAAUAAAUCAAUGUAGCCAA